AUGUCUCUUAUGCAGGAUUAUUUGAUCAUAUUCUUGAUUUUGUCCAUGGUGUCGUCCGGUUUGAGCACCACGACACCCUCAGGAUAUUUCAAUGUCAUCGAGUAUGGAGCAGUUGGAAAUGGAAAAACUGAUGAUUCUCAAGCAUUUAUCAAGGCAUGGAAAGCAGUUUGCCAAGUUCAAACAAGCAGGCCUAUUCUCAUUAUACCAGCCAAGAAGUCAUUCCUGUUGAACCCUGUAACAUUCAGUGGUCCAUGCAAGUCCUUCAAAAUCCAUGUCCAGGUUUCAGGAAACAUAGUUGCACCUAACCAAAAAUCGGCAUGGAAUGGUAAGGCGACUAACAGGUGGCUGGCCUUCUCUAAUGUCAAUGGGCUUACUGUCAGUGGACAAGGACACAUUGAUGGCAGAGGCUCUGUUUGGUGGCCACAGCCUUGCUUACAGAAUGGUCAAAAUUGCAAGGCACCAACUGCACUAACAUUUUAUAGAUGUAACAAUCUUCGGCUCAAUGGACUAACACAUCUCAACAGCCCAAGAGUCCAUAUAAUACUUACCUCCUGCACUGGUGCAAUCAUAUCUAACCUUCGGAUACUUGCCCCCGAAACAAGCCCCAACACUGAUGGCAUUGACAUCUCCGGUUCAAAAAAUGUCCAAAUUCGUAAUCUUAACAUAGGAACUGGCGACGACUGCAUUGCCAUUGGUGGGGGCUCAUCGAAUAUCAACAUCACUGGUGUUUAUUGUGGACCAGGCCAUGGUAUUAGCAUUGGAGCCUUGGGGAAUGGAGGGUACGACGUGGUGGAAGAUGUACAUGUUCGGAAUUGUACAAUCAAAGGAACUUUAACUGGAGUAAGGAUUAAGACUUGGCAGGGAGGGAGUGGAUAUGCCAGGAAGAUCUCAUUCCAGAAUAUCAAGUUCAUUGCAGCUAAUAGCCCCAUCAUAAUUGACCAAUAUUACUGUCCUAGUCGAGUCAAUUGCCAAAACCAUACAUCCGCGCUUAAGCUGAGUGACAUAUCGUAUACUGGAAUUAGUGGCACAUCAGCGUCGGACAAGGCGAUAGAUUUGAGUUGCAGUCAGAGUGCUGCGUGCACCAACAUUGUACUUGACCGCGUUUAUAUAAAACCUGCAGUUCAAGGGAGGCCAGUUUAUGCAAGCUGCUUCAAUGCUCAUGGAAGAGCUACGCAUACUAAACCUGCUGUGAAAUGCCUACUGCCAUAG